AUGGAACGAAAUUUACCGUAUGUCAGUCGAUCACCUCUACAACGUGCUGCUCAUACAAAUACUUAUGAUCCGUCAGCACAGUAUCGUGCUUUGUUGAUGCCACCGGCUAUACGUGAAACUGAAAUACAACAAAAUAAUCAAUAUCCUUCGAAUUUUGAAGCAGAACAAGAAGUACCUCCUACUAUUAAUAAUCAAGCAUCUAAUAGUCUUCCCCUUAUACCAAAAUAUUAUUAUCCAAAUUAUAAUGAACCAAAAGAUACAACUUCUAAUAACCCUGUGUCCGAAACCGUACACCACGGUAAUCCUGAUCUAAUACAACAGCCAGUUAAUCCUGAUUUAACACAACAGCCAGUAGUUGCUGAAUACCCAUAUUCUAAUACUAUGGAUCCUUAUUAUCAGCCGGUUCUAGCAUCUUCAGAUCCAUAUUAUACGGGUCAGUAUUAUCCUUAUACAACACCAUAUUAUCCGCCGGUGGCAGCUCCUGUUCCUACAACAAAUUAUUUUCCAGUUAUACCACAACAGCCAAUACCUACGAGUAAUUAUAUUCCAGUUAUACCACAACAGCCAAUACCUACGAGUAAUCAUAUUCCUCAUGUAGGCGCAGCUCCGCAGAUGUACGAACUCACACAACCUAAUGUCGUUAAUACAGAGAAAAAAGAUGUCGAUCUAAGUCGAUUAGAAGUAUAUCAUUUUGUUCCGAAACCAAAUCCACUCGUAACAGUCCCUGCACAACCCAUGCCACAAUUAUAUAGCUUACCUGCACCUUCUCCACCACGACUACAACCACUACCGCAAUAUCCAGUCUAUCCUUACUCAGGAUAUACCUAUCAACCCUAUACUAAUCCUUAUGAUUAUCCGCCUUACAAUUCGCCUUGCAAUUUUCCUUAUCUAGCAGAACCACCUCGUAUAUAUUUACCUCCUAUCGAAAAAAAAGCACGUUCUAUGCAAACUGAAAAUCCAACAACGAGUCGUGGUGUAUCCCCAAUGAAUGCCCAUCAUACAGCAUUUGAUAGAAGUAAUUAUCCAAGUGUACAUCAGCGAGUUAUGCUAACAGAUGAAUAUCAACAAAAACCACUAUUAGAACAACAACCAGGUUCACAUUAUCGUAAUAGUUUAUAUGCAACACCAUUACCUGACUGUCGUUGUAUACAUUGUCAACGAGAACGUGCAAAAGUACUUAAUUAUUAUUCGGACUGA